GUGGGCUUUUUGAAAAGGCAGAGACCCGGAACACUAAACCCUAAGUUAAAAACCGGUACGACGAUGCUCCGGCGGCGGCCGCCAAGUUUCAAGCAUCGCCGGGGACCGCAGAAGCCCUCUCCCACGCGUACGCUUAUCCCUCUCCUCAAGAAGCUCAAGUCCACCGCUGACCCCGCCGCCGCCCUCCGCCAACUUCAGCACGCUGACCCCGACCUGCUCACCUACCCCGUCUGCUCCUCCCUCCUCUACCGCCUCGCGAAGGCGCGCCUCGUCCCGGAGAUUGACUCCCUCCUCGCCCUCCUCCGCGCUCACCGCGUGCCCUGCAAGGAAGCCGCCUUCAACUCCCUCAUCCGCCGCUUCGGUAGCGACGGCCUCCCUGACCGCGCUGUCGAUCUCUUUCACGGCCUCCGCUCCUUCGAGUUUUCCACCUCCGCCCCCUCCGUCCAAUCCCUCAACUCCGCCCUCGCCGCCCUCGUCGAGAAUUGCCGGUUCGAGCAGGCGAGAGCUCUUCUCGCGCAGUCUGCCGCCACGUUCGGCCUCCGCGCCAACGCCGUCUCCUACAACAUCCUCAUACAAGGCUGCUGCGCGGCCGAGGGAUCCUCCAGCGCGCGGCUCCUGUUCGACGAAAUGCUCCAGAAGGGGAUCCGCCCCACCGUGGUCACCUACAACGUCCUCAUCGGGCAUUCCGCCAAAAACGGCGACUUGGGAACCGGCGCGAGGUUGAAGGAGGAGAUGGUGCGGAGAGGAGUCCAGCCCAACGCUAUCACCUUCGCGUUGCUGAUGGACGCCCUGUGCCGGGAGGGCAACUACGCCGCGGCGAAGAAGAUGAUGUUCGACAUGGAGUACCAGGGGUGCAAAGCGGGGCUCGUCAACUACGGCGUGCUGAUGAGCGACCGAGGGCGUAGGGGCGACCUCGACGGCGCGAGGGCGCUGCUGGCCGAGAUGAAGCGGAGGAAGCUGAAGCCGGACGUGCCCAUCUACGGCGCGCUGAUCAACUACCUGUGCGGCGCGGGGCGGACAGCGGAGGCGUACGCGGUGCUGGUGGAGAUGCAGGUGGAGGGAGGUUGCGAGCCCAACGCCGCGGCGUACCGCAUGAUGGCGGACGGCGCGUGCCGAGCGGGGGACUUCGAGAUGGCGUCGCGGGUGUUGACGGCGAUGCUGGCCAGCGGGCAUUACCCGCGCGAGGAGACCUUGAGGUGCUUGAUGAAUGGCCUGUGCGGUAUCGGAAAGGUGGAGGCGGCGUGCACGGUGCUGGAGGAGAUGGCGAGGAGGGAAAUGGAACUGGACGGGAAUGGCUGGAAGGCCUUAGUGGAAGCUACUUUUGUACCGGCCGAACCAAAAAAAAACAACUCAACCCGAUCCAAUUACGACCCAAACCGUGACCCUCUGAACCGGGUUUAGACCCUUAUCACCAGGUUUAUUAAGACGAAUCAAGGAUGAGAAAUGAGUUCAAUACAGAUUGGACACUCAAAUCUUCAACACACGUCUGAAAAGAGUCUCAUCAUCUAAAUCAGUGAAAUAAGAAACUGGGGAAGAGUUGCAAACAGUGUUGGCAUACCUCUUCCAUGUCCUAAAAAGUUGAUAGCGAAUGGACCGGCAGCCCGAGUUUGGGUAAGCUGAAACUUGUUUGUUUGACGGGCAAUGUUUUCAUCCCUGCUUCAUCCAUAGUGGUUUCAAGGCCACAGACAUGGCAAAGCUCUUCCAGCUCUGACUCCUAAUUAGGUGAAGAAACCACGAGUUACCUUGAUUCUAAGAACAUCAGACAAAUGCUUCAAUGGGUAAGGCUGCAGCUUGUAUCCGCUGUGGUUGACAUACGAUAUUGCUCGUGCGCGGAUCUAUUAAAGGAGAAACAAAAAACCUCAGUUUAUGCCAUGUAAACCAACAAGCUUUUUUCUUCAUUGCUAAUCUUAUCCACCCCUCGUCAGGAGUAUUACCAGCGCACAGUGAUUCAAGUAUUUGCUGGAAUAUCGUAAACAUAAUGCCGAGAUUAUACGCUUCAGUUUUUGUUGCAUUUCUCAGGAGCAUUUGUUAAUAAUCUUUAUUUUUAACAAUGCUUAGGUGAUCUUUAUGAAUUUGUAACAUGCAAUAAAUAAUAAAUGUCACUCAAGACAGCUGAAUUAUGUAUUUGAGGAUACCUCACUGAGAAAAGGCUCCACAAGACACAAUUGGAGAUCUGAUGCUUCAGCUUCUAGUCUAGUAAAGAAACGUUUGAAAUUGCCCAAUUGAGAGUACCUAACAGACAGGGGACAGUGGUAGAAGUUUCACCACCAA